UAGAUACUAGAUCAGCAGCGAUUUUUUUUUCAGUUUUUGUUUUUUCAUUUCUUCCUCUGUCUUGUUUAGAUGUUGGGGUUGGUGAGCCCUUGGGGGGAAUCAGUUGGUGACUGACUCGAGAAGUUCAGAGUUCUUGUUCUUGGAGGGGUGAGGAAGAGGAGGAGGAGGAGGUGAGAUGGGUAGCUUCGGGAGGCUGGCGAGGAGGGCCGUGGAGACGGAAGCGCCGGUCAUGGUCAAGAUGCAGGAAUUGCUUCGAGGGAACAAGGAUGUGAUGUCGCUUGCGCAGGGAGUUGUUUAUUGGCAGCCUCCUGAGGCAGCUAUGAAUAAGAUUAAAGAAAUUGUAUGGGAACCAUCAAUCAGUAAAUAUGGCUCUGAUGAUGGUCUUCCUGAACUCCGAGAAGCACUUCUCGAGAAGCUGCGCAGAGAGAAUAAGCUAACCAAGUCGUCAAUUAUGGUUACCUCUGGUGCAAAUCAGGCCUUUGUAAAUGUGGUCCUCACCCUUUGUGAUGCUGGGGAUGCAGUUGUCAUGUUUGCACCAUAUUACUUCAAUUCCUACAUGUCAUUCCAGAUGACAGGAGUUACUGACAUAUUAGUUGGUGCAAGCAAUCCUGAGACUCUUCAUCCUGAUGUCGAUUGGUUGGAGAAGGUUCUGCAAGAAAACAACCCUAUCCCUAAACUUGUUAGUGUUGUAAAUCCUGGAAACCCCUCUGGAGCUUUCAUUCCGAAGCCGAUGCUCGAAAGAAUUUCAGAACUGUGCAGAAAUGCUGGUGCAUGGCUUGUAGUUGACAAUACCUAUGAGUACUUUAUGUAUGAUGGAAUGGAGCACUAUUGCUUAGAGGGUAAUCACAUUGUCAACCUCUUCUCAUUCUCGAAGGCUUACGGAAUGAUGGGCUGGCGUGUAGGAUACAUUGCCCACCCAAACGAAGCUGACGGUCUUCAUGCACAGCUGCUCAAAGUGCAAGAUAACAUACCUAUCUGUGCUUCCAUCAUCGGGCAGCGCCUGGCGCUCUACGCAUUAGAGGCUGGUCCAGAAUGGAUCAGAGAAAGGGUGAGAGAUCUAGUGAAAAACCGUGAAUUGCUCAUGGAAGCGAUGUCUCCGCUUGGCAAGGACUCUGUCAAGGGUGGUGAGGGUGCCAUUUACCUCUGGGCAAAACUACCCGAGAAAUGCUCAGAUGAUUUUGAAGUUGUCAGAUGGCUUGCAAACAAGCAUGGUGUGGCUGUGAUCCCCGGGAGCGCCAGUGGAGGUCCCGGAUAUAUCCGGGUUUCUUUCGGAGGGUUGAAAGAAUCGGAUACAAGGCUUGCUGCUGAGAGGUUAAGGCGCGGCUUGCAAGAACUUGUGACUGAGGGAAUGGUACAGUGACAGCCCAAUGGAUGCAAGAAAUACAUGACAUACAAAUCACAAAAGUGAAAAUUUUCAGUUACAUAAUAAUUCUGGGAUUAGUUCAAGAGAAGAAAAGAGCCAAAAUUUCAAGAUUACAACAUGGUUGUUAGAAAAUGCUGAAGCUUUUAUUUCAGAGAACUUUUGUCACAUUGGAUUUCCUAGUGGAAAUUUGAUUUGGUGGGUUGAGUAGAGGGAAAAAAAAAGACUCAUCCACCCUGUGGAAUACCAUUGUCAUUAAAGGGGUAUUCAUGUUUAGUACUUACUGUUGCUUGAUAACCUCUUUCCCUACAAUCAGGACAGCAGCUGUACACAAGUAAGAUAUAAUAAGAUAUAAUAGCAACAAUAAGUGUUCAUGAUGUGCUUUUA